AUGGUGGUACCAUUAGCUUAUCAAGUUGGCAAUGUUCGGUAUGAGUGGAAGCAUGGAGUGUCAGCUAGCCCAGCAUGUCCAGCUAGCCCAGCGGGCCCAGCAUGUCCAGCUAGCCCAGCGGGCCCAGCAUGUCCAGCUAGCCCAGCGGGCCCAGCAUGUCCAGCUAGCCCAGCGGGCCCAGCAUGUCCAGCUAGCCCAGCGGGCCCAGCAUGUCCAGCUAGCCCAGCGGGCCCAGCAUGUCCAGCUAGCCCAGCGGGCCCAGCAUGUCCAGCUAGCCCAGCGGGCCCAGCAUGUCCAGCUAGCCCAGCGGGCCCAGCAUGUCCAGCUAGCCCAGCGGGCCCAGCAUGUCCAGCUAGCCCAGCGGGCCCAGCAUGUCCAGCUAGCCCAGCGGGCCCAGCAUGUCCAGCUAGCCCAGCGGGCCCAGCAUGUCCAGCUAGCCCAGUGA